UGUGCAGCUUGAGCUUUUAUAGAAGAUCUCAAAGGGGAAUCUUUCCCUGUGUUUAACAUGCUUUGUGACAUGCUCUGAUUCAACAACACAGAAAUAGAGCAUCAGAAAGUCCCCACCAAGUCUAUAAACACAGCAGAGAGAGAGGAGGGUGACCCUGCCGGAGCGACGGCCACUGACUUCGGAGGCAGCUGUGUCCUCCAGGACCAUAACGGUCUGUGACUUCAUCUGAAGAGGCGCAAAGCAAAAGUAGUAGUGAAUGAAGAGAUAGCAGAGAGGCAAAAGCUGAGAGAGGCUGCUUCAUGGGAGAAGAGAGAUGUUGUCAAGACGCUGGAAAACAUCACAGGACUUGAGUUAAACGUGAAACCUCGGCCUGGUUAGACUUUAAACUCCACAUCACCUUCGACUGUGCAACUGGUGGACAUCCAAAAUCCCUUUGAGGCCCUGGAGGACUAAUGUCUCUGUAGAGUUCUUACUUCUGGACUCCUACACCCACCCAGUCAUGGAUCCACAGGGUGGUCCAUACCUCAACAAGAAGGCACUCUGCUCGCCUCUGGGUGCUGCCCGGCUCUGUCAGUUAGCCAUGGGCUGUGCUGUGAUUGCCAUGGUAACCCAUAGUGCCGGCUACAGUGGUUCACAUGGUGUGUUCUGCAUGGCGGCGUGGUGCUUCUGUUUCGCCAUGUCGGUUGCUGUGUUCUUUCUGGAUGCCACUCGUCUGUACAGCUGCCUCCCCAUAUCCUGGGACAACCUGACAGUCACAUGUGCUGCCUUUGCAACACUUCUGUAUGUGACAGCCUCUGUGGUCUACCCUCUCUUCUUUGUUCGAAUCGAGUGCCCCUACGACGGCUGUGCUGUCCGAGAUUUCCGCAUUGCCAGUACCGUCUGCUCCAUCCUGGGUACUCUGGCCUACGGAGCUGAGGUGGCUCUGUGCCGGGCCAGGCCGGGCCAGGCCGUCGUGGGUUACAUGGCCACCGUCUCCGGCCUCCUCAAAGUUGUUCAAGGCUUUGUUGCCUGCAUAAUCUUUGGAGCUCUGGCCAAUGGGAGCGAGUACUCCCGUUACGCUGCCACAAUCUACUGCGUUGUUGUGUAUGCUCUCUGCUUCGCUCUGACCACGCUGGUGGUCAUAAUGACUGUGUGUGGACGGACCAAAGCUGUGCGCUGCAUGCCCUUUGACCGCUUUGCAGUGGUGUGCACUCUCCUGGAGGUUCUGCUCUACCUGAGUGCAUCAGUGGUGUGGCCGGUGUUCUGCUUUGACACUAAAUACGGCUCGCCCUGGAGGCCGUCGUCAUGUCCGCGGGGGAAGUGUUCAUGGGACAGCAAGGUUGUGGUGGCUGUGUUUUCUUUUGUCAAUUUUGUCUUGUAUGUGGUGGACCUGAUCUACUCCCAGAGGAUACGAUUUGUCUCCUCACAUGUGUCCACUAACUCACGGGUGUAGCACCGUAUGGAGUCAUUAUUUGGCAUCACUGGCUUAACAGGUUUAAGUUUUUAAUUUGCCUCACAGUUUAUGAUUUUAUGAUUUUGUUAGUGCAUUUAUUUGAUGUUGAAAAACACGACUGAGGAGGACAAAUGAAUAUUAGGUCCAGAAUAUCACUGGUGCUGCACAUGGUACACCACUGAGGCACCCAGACAGACCCCCAUAGUUCAAUCUGAAAGAGCUGUGGAAUGUGAACAAUGAAUUUUCCCACUACUACCCCUCUGCCACACCCCGACUGAGGUGACAACCCACCCUUCUAACUGACCCCUUCUGCCCUAUGAGAGAUUUAGGAAAAACAGCCACCCACACCCAAGCAGCCAGGACCCACUGGUAUGUUCUGCCAAAUCCUCUUAAAACAAGACACUCCCACCAUUCGUGAUCUGUGGCAUGACACACAUUUACUUGCUGCUUGUAUUUCAAUUCAAAUAAUACAUAAAAGUCUUGAAUAUAAAUAGCAGUUCUGACACUGGCAUCUGCGGCAUCCCCAUCAUCUGCAAACCCCACACCGGCGAUCUAUGGACUUUACCCAGGCUGCCAAAAAUAAACAUGAGCUGCCGGCGCUCAUAUUGAAGCUAUGAGACAGCAUUUAUAAGAGGUCAGUGUCUUUUAAACCUCUCUAUGAAAUACUUCCUUCAGUCUAUGAUAAAAAAGUCAAACCUAUUUGAAAAACCAGACAUGUCUUUAUGUCAACCUCCAAUGCUAAGAUGCAGUCGUAGUUUAAAAACGCACAACAUUCAUAAUUACACACUGUGAACAUGGUCAGUGUGACCCAGGACUGUUUGCUCAUUCUUACAGGAGAUGGUAAAUAUGACCUGAUAUGUCACUAACUAACAGGUCUAAUGCUAAAAGACCAUUUACUUCCCCUUUAGUACAUUUACACUGGCAGUUGAAAAUGAUCUGUGUGGUUAGAUGGGUUUAAUGCAGUCUAGUGGUGUAUUGAGACACUGAAUGAGUUUACACUCAAAUAAACUGUAUUCAUUUAUUGACAUAAAGUUGCUACAUCCAAUAAUCUGCUGGUUAUUGGAUGUAGCAACUACCUGCCCAGCCCAGCACUAAACAGACAGUUAGAGACUAGCAGGUGAACCUAGUGGAGCAUUUUGAAUAAUGAACCAAGAACAGCUGAAUUAUUCCCAAAUUUUACUGCUGUCUUGAGUCUAUAGACAUAAUAGCAACUGUCAUUCAUUCUUUAUGCUUGUGCCACACAAGUGUUAUUCAGACAGAUUAUUUUUAAAUGAGCUUCACUAUAGGAUCUUCUGUUUGAGUACAGGAGGAUGAUUAAUACAGGUCUUAGUUCACAGUGUGUCUUGUAUAUGCUUUAGAAUUUCUUCCUACAAAAUGAGAGUUCAGGACAUGAUUCUAGUACAUCUGAGUGUAUGACCCAACAGAUCAUCGUAUACGAUCUAUAGCUCUGGGUUCAGACUGGUCUUCAGCCAGUCCUCAUUGAUUUGCUAGACAGUGUGACUUUCUACCCUAUCAUCCCUGCACCCCUGGGAGGAGGGUAAAGGAGAAGAGACAGAAGCCUCUCUGGCUGCCACCUUCUCAGUCAGCAGUAUCACGUUUUACAGGAAUAAAACAGAAGAAGAGAUCUGAUCUGCUCAGUCUCUCUUUGUUCUCCUUCUCUCUUGAUUACGAUUCCUAUCUCUCUCUUUAAUUCUGUCUCUGCAGACCUCACCACCCCUCCACCCCCUGCCCUCCCCCAAUUUCUGUCCCAAUUCUCUGUUCCUCUCCAUCCUUUACGCCUCUCUGCUUUGGUCACCUCAGUGAAUCUCAUCUCUCUAAUCCAGGAUCAAUGUAUUCCCCUGUCAUAUCUGUGACUGCUAUGGAUGUAUUAUAUUAAGUCCUUGGGAAGCCACUGUGCCGCAGCAUACAGUAACUGCGUCUAGCGAAGAUGUCUCAGUGCUCAGCAGCAAAUCCAGCACCAGUUGGCUGCUCUAGUAUCCAAAUCUGUUUUAAGACCACAGAAAACGUCACUGUGUGUCAUAGAGAUUGUAAUCAAUGUGACAGUUUUUGUAAAUUACUGAGUAAAUACAAGUGAAUGCCAUUUACAUACACAAAGAGCAGUGGUUUGUAAAUGAAUUUAUGUAAACUGAUGGUGAUUGUUGCAGCAAUAAAUAACUUUGUGUUGUUGAA